AUGAAACCCAAUGGGGGCGCAAUUGAGUUAACUCCUUUAUGUAGUUACGACUUUGAGCAAGCGGCUGCCCUGUCGGCACCCAAGAAAGCAUUUGCAUUUUACUCAACAGCCGACACUGAUUGUUGGACGCGCGAUGCAAACAAUGCAAUGCUCAGGAGAAUUUGGUUUAGACCAAGAGUGAUGAAAGACGUGUCUGUUGUGGACACGUCAAGCACAAUUCUCAACGUUCCCGUUUCGUUGCCGCUUUUUAUCUGUCCUACCGGAGUGGCAAAACUGAUCAAUCCCGAAGCUGAGAAGGGGUUAGCACGUGGUGCAAAGUCGACCGGAAUUUUGCAGAUAAUUUCUACUGCGGCAAGUCAUCCAAUUGAGGAGAUUGUCCAACAGGCUCCAGGUUUUCCAUUUCUAUUUCAGUUAUAUAUGAACAAACAGCGCGAAAAAACUCGUGAGAUUCUGGAGAAGGUCGAAUCCCUCGGGAUCAAGGCGAUUUUCUUGACCGUUGAUGCCGCUGGGAGAGGCAAGAGAGAAGCAGACGAACGCCUUAAAGUGGAUGAUGAAGUUAUUAUCAACCCAGUUACCGGCGAGCAGGCCAAAGGGGGGAAAAGAGGCAACGGACUGACAAGGAUGAUGGGGAGCUAUAUUGAUCAAGGGAUGACCUGGCGUGAUAUCCAAUGGAUCAGGAGUAUUACCAGUCUUCCAAUCAUCCUGAAAGGCAUUACCGGUGCUGAGGAUGCGAAGAUUGCGAUGCAGCACAAUGUCGAUGGUAUCUUGCUCAGCAACCACGGAGGACGCAAUCUUGACUACUCACCACCCUCGAUUCUCUUGCUACUGGAAAUGCACAAGAACUGCCCGGAGAUCUUUAACCAGAUGGAGGUAUACGUCGACGGUGGUUUCCGGCGAGGAGCUGAUAUUGUGAAAGCACUUUGCCUUGGAGCAAAAGCUGUUGGUAUCGGUCGUACCUUCCUUUAUGCAUUACACUAUGGGACGGAGGGCGUGGAGCAUCUUGUUCAGAGUAAGUGA